AUGUUUGAUGAUAGAGAGAAGAUGAGAAGAUUCAUUUUGCCGAUAGCAACUACCUUUUUUAAAAAAAAAAAACAACAACUUAUCAUGACUUGCUACGAAGAUGGAAAAAUUCUUUACGUUUACAAUAGCAAAAAUUUGAGACAAAAAGCUCAAAUUAUUUUAAAAGCUUGCGAAGAAGUAGGUGUUGCCAAACGGGGCAAGAAAAAUUUUGUUGUACCUUUUGAUAUUGAUGGCUUGGAGACACUUUCUCAAGGAAAAAAAAAGACUAAAAAAGGAAAAGAACCAAAGAUAAUUUUUAAGAUUAAUCCUAAAACUUUUCAACUUUGUCAAACAAAUAACAAUACUGCUAAAUCUGUUGACUCAACUUUAGCUGAGUUUAUUGAAAAUACCUUUGGUGAUGAAUGGUCUCUUUCUCCUCCUGAAAGAAAAUGUACAAGAGAUAUAAUCAUUGAAACAUUAAUGAAAACAUUUAAAAAAUUUGAAGGAAAAAUGUUAUGUCGUGAUGGUCAUAUUAUUGUAACAUGGUUGAUUGACGUUUUCCCUGAAUGUUUAAAGAAUAUGCCAUCAAAUAUUGAAAAUUGUUUUAAAGUUAAUGUUUCACCAAUGGAUGAGAGAACUAAUGAACAAACAAUAAAUGUAGUAUUUAGCAAUUCAAAAUUUUUUGCCGAUAUUUAUUCUUUUAAAUUGAAGAACGCACCACUUCUCUUAUCCAGUGAAUUAAUGGAGUUUCGUGAAAAUUUAUCUCUUAAAUUCCGACAUGGUAUUGUCUUUAAUGAUGAUUUAUGUUUUAUACGUAUUUAUAUUGUUAGAGAAAAAAUGACAAUACUUGAAGCUCAAAAUAAACAGGCAAGAGAGAAUAAUGGAAAACUUCCUAUUAAACAAACAACUCCUUUUUAUAUGAAAGGAGAAAUAAUAACUAAUGAUAGUGGAAAUAUAGAUUGUAUUCAAAAUAGAAUUCUUCAAUUAAAAAAGUCUAUAUUAAAAUCUCAAUCAAUUCCUGAUAGAAGAGAAAGACCUUUAUCAAUAAAGUGUAUAAAUGAUAAUGUUGCUGUUUUAAAAAUAGGUGCAGAGUACUUGAAAUGCAAAGAAAAAUCUAGAAAAUCUCUUAUUAAACCUUUAAAAGUUAAUGUUACAUCUAAUCAACAAAUUUCUAGUAACAAAAUAGAUGAUAUGAGAGGGUCAUUUGCUACCUCACCAACUAAUAGUAUUGAUUCAGGUGUAGGUUCUCCAGGAACACCAAAUGAAUCUUUUUGUAAGGAUAAUUUACCAUUUGGUAUACGUAAUCGUUCAUUCUCUGAAUCAAUUACUACAAGUUUUUAUAGAAUUGAUGGUAAAAAGGUAUCAUUAAUUGUUGAAGAAGAUUCUUCAAAAGGUUUAAAAUCUAUUCUUAAGAAAGAUGAGCAAAGAUACAUUCCACGAUAUUGUCUUCGUCAUAAUCAAGAUACACCAACAAGAGGUUCUUAUUUACCAAAAACUUCACGUUCUGUAUCAGAAUCUAUAACAUCUGAUUACCUUCCAACAAUUGGAAUGGAAAGUAUAAUGUCAUUUGAGACAAUUAUUUCUGAUGAUGAAUCAAGUUUUGAAACAACAAAUGAUGAAUCAUGUAUUAGCAUGUCAAAUAUUGCUCCAAGAUUUCGUAAAAAAACUAUCUCUUUUUCCGAUAAUCCUGAUAUUAUAUAUUAUAACAAGAAAAUUUCAAUUGAAUUACAAAAAGAAAUUGAUAGAAAAAAAGCUAAGGAUCGUCGUAGAAAACAAAUAAAAUUUGGAUCCAAACACGGGUUUUCAACCUCUACUGAGGAUCUUGGGGUUUCUGUAAAUAGUUUAACUUAG